AUGCGACUCGGCGCAGCUUCGAUCGCUCCCACGCGCCUAGCGCGCGCCAAUCACGCGUCAAAUAUUGUUGUCUGUCGAUCUCGCGGCGUGCGUGCCGCCGCAGCGUCGACGUCGGUCGAUAAAUCGGCUCAAACACCCGUUUUGAUUGUCUCCGAUCUCGAUGGCACCAUGGUUGGGAACGACGAAUACACGCGCUCGUUCCGAGAAUUUUGGGAAUCGAGCGCAAAACCUCCUGGGUCUAAGCUCGUGUACUCCACCGGACGAUCGCUUGAGUCGUUCACCAAGCUUAUCGAGACGAAAUCGCAAGUCAUGGUUGAGCCGGAUGGCCUCAUCUGCGCAGUAGGCACAAAAGUGUUUCAACCGAGCGGCGACGUUUCGCGCCCAUGGGUCGAAGACGCCGAGUGGACGGCGGCACUAGACGUCAACUGGUGCUGUGAUGUCGUUACGGCGGCGGCACGAGGAGCGAUCGAUGCGUGCGGCGAUGACAAUGCGCACUUUCGACCUGCAGAUGAACAGAACAGACACAAAGUCACGGUGGGAGUGAAGGAUGAGCUCGUGAAUGUAGUGGAGGAUACCAUACGAAGCGCGUGCGAGUCGAACGGAUUAGAAUAUAAGAUCAUCAUCAGCGGUUCGGGCGGUUGGAAGUUCGUGGACUGCGUGAGCGCGGGGGCGGGGAAAUUAGAAAGCUUGGAAUACGUGCGAAAACAGUUAGGCUUUGAACUUCUAGAGACCGUGGCCUGUGGGGACAGCGGGAACGAUAUCUUAAUGUUAUCGGGGCAGACGAGAUGUAUCAUAGUAGGAAAUGCUGAGUCGGAGCUUCGCGAAUGGGCGAAUGAUCGCGUGGCAAAGGGCGAGCUCGCGGUCGACCGCGUCUUUCUCGCGACGGAGCGCGAAGCACUCGGCAUCUUACAAGGGCUUUCAUCGUUUGGCUUCCGCGGUUGA